AUGAGUUCAACUCAGUCCAUUGUCCCUCCCCAAGGACUGGUGCUUGUGACUGGAGUCAACGGCUUCAUUGGCUCCCACAUCGCCAACAACCUACUCAUCCUGGGCUACCGAGUGCGCGGCACCGUUCGCUCUCCAGACAAGGAAACCUGGAUCAGAGAAGCCAUGCAAGAGCGCGACCCCUCAGGCUACUUCGAAGUUGCGAUUGUCCCAGACGUCACUGCGCCAGAUGCAUGGGGCGAGGUUGUCCAAGGGGUUGAUGGCAUUGUCCACGUCGCCACAGAUAUGUCCUUCGACGCCGAUCCCAACAAAGUCAUCACACCUAUGGUACAGGGGGUGAGAAACCUGCUUGCAGCUGCGGCUUCGGAACCAACAGUCAAGCGGUUCGUCUUCACGAGCAGCGACCGAGCGAUAUCCAACGUCAUCAAUGGCAAGGAAGUGUCGCUUGACUCAAGCAUGUGGAACGACUCUGCCGUUGAGAGUGCGUGGCGGCCGCCACCAUACGAGGCUGAUCGCGUCUGGGAUGUCUAUGUUGCUCUUAAGACCCAAUCUGAACAGGAGAUUUGGGCAUUUGCGAGGACCGAGAAUCCCAAGUUCAUCAUCAAUUCGGUGCUUCCCUGCUUCAAUAUUGGGCCGAUUCUUCACCCCAAGCAGCCGGGAAGCACUGGGAAAUGGGUACGAGACUUCUGGAGGGACCCUGGACAUUACAAGGAUCUGCAGCAGUUUGGUGCCUCGUGGUAUAUCAACGUGGAGGAUACUGCGAUGCUUCAUGUCGCUGCUCUCACUCAAGAAGAUGUCAAGGGGGAACGGUUGCUGGGAUUUGCAGGUCCCUUCAACUUCAACAGCUGGCUUGAUACUUUUCGUCAGCUAGAUCCAGUGAAGGCCUGGCCGGCUGAUGAUCCAUCUCAAGAGCACAACUUGUACAAGGUUGAUACUGGAAGGGAGGUGGAAUUGUUGAAGCGAUUCGGACGGAGUGGUUGGACGAGUUUCUACGAGAGUGUGAGGCAGAAUUGUCUUGAAAGCCGGGAAUGA